AUGGCCCUUGCCUCCCUCGCGGCCUCGCUCCCAACCGCCGCCGCCUCCGCCGCGGUGAGAUUCCGUUUCCGCUUCCGCUCCCGCGUCGGCCGCGCCAUGGCCUCCGCCGCCGCCGCCGCCGCAGGCGCGAGCGCGACCACAGGGGCCUCGCCGGCGAGGGUGGGCGUGGUACAGAUGACCUCCGUCGGGGACGUCGACGCCAACUACGCCACCUGCUCCCGCCUCACCAAGGCAAGCCCUCCUCUAGUAUCCCCGUCCCCUCUCCUAGACCCUAGAUAG